GCUGGCGGGGCGUUUCCCUCGGCUGGUCGGGUGAAGGAGCCGUAGCUGGAGCCGCUGCAAGGCGGGGACUGGCUGAGCCGGGGAUCGAUCCGGCGCGCAGCGGUGCAGACAGACAGACAGAGGGAUGUCCUGCAGGACCGUGCUGCUGACUGGCUGCUCCUCCGGGAUAGGGCUGGCUCUGGCCGUCCGGCUGGCUAAAGAUGAGCUGAAGAGAUUCCGAGUCAUCGCCACCAUGAGGAAUCUGGACAAGCGCGAGGCCUUGGAGAAGCAAGCGGGGCCGGCUUUGGACAAGACCCUGGAAAUCCGCCAGAUGGAUGUGACCAGCGAGGAAUCCAUCCGGCGCUGCGUGGAGGGCAUUCCCCAGCGGAGAGUGGACGUGCUGGUGAACAACGCGGGGCUGGGCAUGAUCGGGCCGGUGGAGAGCCAGAGCGUCGCUGCCAUGAAGAGCCUCUUUGACACCAACUUCUUCGGGCUGGUGCGACUGGUGCGCGAAGUCUUCCCCGACAUGAAGCGCCAACGCCGGGGCCACAUCGUGGUGAUGAGCAGCGUGCUGGGGCUGCAAGGCCUCCUCUUCAAUGACAUCUACUGCGCCUCCAAGUUCGCUGUGGAGGGUUUCUGUGAGAGCUUGGCCCUGCAGGCACUGAAGUUUGGUGUGAACAUCAGCCUGAUCGAACCCGGGCCGGUGGUGACCGAGUUCGAAAGGAAACUCUACGAAGAAGCCGCCUGCAUGGACCUGUCCGCCGUUGACCAGGAGACACUGGACAUAUUCCAAGGCUUCUACAUGGCCUAUUCCAAGGAAGUCUUCACAGUGCUGGGGCAGUCGCCAGACGAGGUGGCUGAGCAUACGGCCAAGGUGAUCAUGGCAGAGAAGCCGCCUUUUCGCUAUCAGACCAACAGCCUCUACACGCCCAUGACCACCCUGAAACACGCCGACCCCACCGGGAACCUGCCUCUGAACACCUUCCACCAGAUGAUCUUCCAGCAUGACCGGCUCUUCAAAGCCAGCCUCAGCCUCCUCAAGAUGCUGCAGUGGAGGAAGAGGAGGGACGUGUCCUAUAACAAGUCUCCUUGAGACGAAGGCACCAGUCCCCUUCCUCCUCCUCCCUGGACAACACAGACAGCUCCAGCUAUAGAUCCCACCCCGCUCCCAUGCUCUGUAGCUUCCAGUGUGGACAGCCACUGUACAAGCACAAACCCUUGGACCGAGGGGGAGGCGUCAGCACGGUGGGUGAUGGGGGGAGCCGGGGGGAGGGGCAGGAUGUUUAGGAGCAUGAAUCCAGGAGGGGGCUAGCAACACCCCCCGCUUUGCCCUCUUUUUAGCCAGCUGAUUCUUUUGUAUCUUUUUUUUUUUUUUAAAGUAAAUUUGGGGUGUUAAAAGGAUUUAAAAAAAAAAAAAACUUUCAGAAAGUAGAGGAAGGAGGCCUUGCUGGGCCUAGGACCCAGGAGUUCCGGCCCCCACUCCCCUCCCAGGGCUGGGGAUAGGACCCAGGAGUCCCAUCCCCUUCCCACAGCUGGGGAUAGGACCCAGGAGUCCCAUCCCAACCUCUUCCCAGAGCUGGGGACAGAACCCAGGCGUUUCCAGAGUCAGGGAUUGAACCCAGGAGUCCGGGUGCCUGUCCCAAUGCUCUAACCACUAGGCACCACUCCCCUUCCACAGCUGGGGCUAGAUCCCUGGAUGUAUUAAGUUGUCACACACACACCCCCCCCCGCUUGUGAGGGUGGACCCAGCUGUGCUUCCACCGGGGGGGGGGGGUGAUAGACAUCCUCCACGAGGAGGUAGCCCAGCAGGUGUGUGCCACGGCUUGUAUCCCUGGGUGAAGGGAGCCAUGGGGCAUCAGGCUGUGUCCCCCUGACACUACCGGGGAGGCCUGCAGGAAGAUGGCCGGGGUGGCUCAUCCAGGGAGGGGAUGACUACGGCACUGGCUGGAGUUAGGGGCACCGUGUUUGCCGGCAGGCUGGGAGGGAACUAGCGCAACCAGACUUGGCAGACUCUCAACGAGGGUUCGAUGCAGCUCCUGGCCCUGGGUUCAAGUGGGUUGAGUGGCCCGGCUGGGGGCAGCAAAGCAAUUUAGCUGGCAUCUCUUAGGCACGCCCUGGGGGCCGCAACAGCUCCCAAGAGGGGGUGAGCGUUUAGUCUGCAGCCUCUUCCUCACGGCCCUGCACCCUCCAAAGGCCAGUUUCCUGAUCUCCCCCUCUCCUCAAUCUCCUGCUGGGGGUGGGCCGCUGCCCCCUGCCCAGCACCUGCAGUAGUGCUGGGAGCACGACUUGUAGGGCGUGCAAUGACUCCCCCAGCAGCUGUUCAGGGCCCGGGCAGCCCAUCCGAUCAACCUGCCGGGGUGCGGGAGUCCCUCAAUAAACAGAGGUGCUGGA